AUCAAUAUCAAUCAAAGUCAUCCCGAUCUUGCGUAUCACUGUAAUUUGUUUGAUUAUUAUGUGAAAAUAUCUCAUAAAUUGCUUUAAUUUAAACUUUUAACCAUUUACUCAAGCUCUUGUGCAUAUCCAACAUCAGUUUGUGACCGAUUUACAUGAACUGAAAUUCCGAUGAUGUCACUAAAGCCCCGUAAUGUGGACUUCCAGGAGACUUGGGCCAAUCUCAAGGAGACGGUCGCUGGUGUGGUAGGGCUCCGUGCUGUGGAACGUGCGGUGUGGAACACUCGUUUCUCUGAUGUGUACGCACUGUGCGUUGCCCACCCUGAACCUUUGGCGGACAAGCUUUACGAUGAAACCAGAAAUUUCCUGGAAGAACACGUGUCUGGACUGCUGGAGCGCGUCCGCGGGUCCGCCCCCCUCGAGAAUAACGACCAUAAAGACGGCUUGCUGACGAGAUAUGUGUCAGCUUGGCGGGAAUACAGCCAAGGUGUCGCGUACCUCAACAGCCUUUAUUCAUAUUUAAAUCUACAGCACAUAAAACGACAGAAGGUGUCCGACGCUGAGAUAAUAUACGGAUCGGCGGCUACUGUUAGCUGUACCGAACACGAUUCUAGACAGUUGGAGGUGGGAGAGCUGGGCCUGGUGAUAUGGGAGCGCGUGCUGGUGUCGCCGCUGCGGCGCGCGCUGGCGGCGCGCGUGGUGGCGGCGCUGGCGGAGGCGCGCGCGCAGCCGCCGGACCCCGCGCACGCGGACGUGCUCAGGGCCGCCAUACACAGCACCGUGCAUGUGCAAUCGUUCAGAGUGCGUUCACCGCUCGCAUUAUACCAACAACUCGUACUGGAGCCUUAUUUAGAAGCGGCUGCGGACGCGCACGCGAAACUAGCGGCGGAUCUGUUGAGAGACGGGGACAUAUCCCACUAUAUGAAGCAUAUUCUUGAAGGUCUCGAACGUGAAAUAGCAUUAGGGGCGCGUUUCCUCCACUCGUCCUCCGCGGAGGCGGUCCGCAGCUGUUACGAGAGGGCGGCGGUGGCGGCGCAUCUCCCCGCGCUUCACGCGCACACCGAGAGACUGCUGCGGGACGCUGACGAGCGGCGCGCGGACCUGCGGCGCAUGUACGCGCUGCUGCAGCCGCUGGCGGCGCAGGGCGCGCUGCGGCCGCUCGUGCAGGCGGCGCACGCGCAGGCCGCCGCCGACGGCCGCCGGCUGCUGCUCGCGCCGCACAACAAGGACGACGCGCACAUACAUUUCGUGACUUCGAUGCUGUCUCUACACAGCAAGUAUACGGAAUUGUUUGCUGACGUUUUCGGCGGCGCUCAAGCGUUCGUGGGGGCUUUGGAUAAGGCGUGCAGCGAGGUUGUGAACGGCCGCCCGACCCCGGACGCGCCCGCCAGGGCUCCGGAACUGUUGGCGCGGUACUGCGAUUCGUUGCUGAGGAAGAGGUCGGGGGGCGAGGCGGAGGCGGACGACAAGCUGGCGGGCGCGAUUGUGGUCUUUAAAUACGUGUGCGAUAAAGACGUAUUUCAAAAGUACUACGCGCGCGCUCUGGCCCGGCGGCUUAUACACCAACUUUCCGCUUCUAUGGAACAGGAAGAAGCAAUGAUAAACAGAUUGAAAGCCGCUUGCGGAUACGAGUUCACGAACAAACUGCACCGGAUGUUCACGGACGUGACCGUUUCCGCCGACCUCAACGCGAAGUUCCAACAACACUUGAGGGACAACAAUGAGACGCUACAAGCCGGUUUCUUUAUACAGGUGCUGCAGGCGGGCGCGUGGCCGCUGGGCGGCGCGAUGGCGCCCCUAGCGCCGCCCGCGCAGCUGGAGCGGCCCGCGCGCCUGUUCGAGGCCUUCUACCGCGACUCGUUCAGCGGCCGCCGGCUGGCCUGGCUGCACCAUCUGUGCACGGGGGAACUGAGGACUAGAUACACACACAGGGUGUAUCACGUGAGCGCCAGCACGCCGCAGUGCGCGCUGUUGUUGGCCUUCGAGAAGCAGGACACCGCUCACAGCAACGAAUUGAGGGAGGCUUUACAGCUCACCGGUGACGCGUGGCCCCGCCACGUGCGCCCCCUCAUAGAGGCCGGCCUGCUGACCUGCUCCGCGGACCCCAGCGUCCCCGAGGACGAGUCCGGCCCCCACGGGCUGCUGACCCUCAACCUGGCGUUCACGUGCAAGAGGACCAAAGUCAGGAUCACGUGCGCCAACGCGCCGCACCAGCAAGGCGGCGCGGGCGGCGGCGGCGCGGAGAGCGCGGAGGCGGCGCACUGCGACGACGACCGCAAGAUGUACCUGCAGGCGGCGCUCGUGCGCAUCAUGAAGCAGAGGAAGGUACUGAGGCACACGGAAUUAAUCCAAGAGGUGGUAUCUCAAGCGAGGGGCUCGUUCGCGCCAUCUGUCGCCAUGAUAAAGAAAUGCAUAGAGGCGCUCAUAGACAAACAAUAUCUAGAGAGGGCGCCGGGAACUCUGGACACGUACUCGUAUCUUGCAUAACAUUGUAUAUUAAAAUUAGUGGCCAUGUUGUUUUUUUUUUUUUAAUGUAAUAAUGAGGUGUGUCGAAGGAAUAGCGGUUGUGAUUUCUGUGGGUGAAAUCUGAUGUAAAUUUAGCGCGAAUUUUCGCGCUUUUACGGAAUUGAGUGGUUGCGAAAAAUUGUUUGCUUAAUGUAUUAAGCCGAACAGCCGAGCGUGUUUCAGUCUUCCGGGACAGUUGGCUCUGUCCAGCCCGCAAGGGAUAAAGACGUGAUUAUAUGUGUGUUUGUUAUUUGCAUAACAUUAAGCCAAACAGCCGAGCGUGGUCUUUCAGUAUUCCGGGACCGUCGGCUCUGUCUGCCCCGCAAGGGAUAUAGACGUGACUAUAUGCAUGUAUGUUAUAUUUACCUACAUAGAUAAAAUCACGGUUUAAGCCCUUACGAGGUAGACAGAGCCAAUAAUCUCGAAAAGACUGGUAGGUCGCGUUCAGCUGUAUGGUUCAAUAAUGGAAUUGGUAACAAUUUUUUUUAUUACAAUUACCGCUAUUUCUAAGAUCUUACCUUUAACAAGACUAAUAUGUAUAAUAGAUUUUUCUUGGAAACGCUGUUCAAUUUCUUUUUUUAAUUAAAUAGUUAGACUCAUCAAUGCCUUGACAAAUAUUAGGUUCAAAUAAACAUCACCGUAUUAUAUAAAAUGAAGUGACGUGCAAUAAAAUACUCGACAAUUUAAUACUAUAAUGACACAAUUUAAAAAAAAAGA